UAGCUUCUUCGGUGUGUCAAUCAUUCAGCUUGUCCAAUGCAAACAACCGCAGGUUUGUCGUCAGCCCCGAUCUCCCCUCUUACUCGAUUUCACUGUGGCAAGACUGGUUACACCCACCACGCUUCGCCUGUCUCCGUCAUCAGCUUCUCCCGCCGAUCCGAGACACAUCUAUUCUAUAAGCACGCUCUCGAGCGACCCGCGAGCACUCUACAAGGUUCUCACACGUCGGAGAAAUAAGACAGACAGAGAGAGGGAGAGUGAGCGCACGGAAUGGCAACGAGGAAUGGACAAUCGGAGUAGUCAAUGAUAUUUUCAUGUAGGCAACUGCUUAUUCCUGAUGUUAGUGUCGUUAUUUAUACGGCAAAGAAAACACUGUCUUGAUUGGGGAAUUAAAAGACUGGACCGAAGGCAUUACUUGGAGCGUCACCUCAAGCACUUCUUCUACAAGAAUUAUCCUGACAUACACAUUUCUCUGAUUGACAGCCGACAAGUUACACAGGAGUCCUUGGUGCAUUCUUCUUAACCACUCCAUCCGGAGUUUAGUUUUCCUCAUCGCCUGUCAAGACCUCUUGAUGUUUUAAGUGUUUAUCAUAUCUUAACUAUUCAUUAGGUUUUUCAGCUUUGGAGAAUAUCGCACAAAGUCUUUGCACAAAUAUGAUUUAAUAGUCCACCAGUGUCAUUUGGGAUUAUAGUCUUAAGUGCCACAGUUGACUUUUCAAAAGGAUUUCACUCUUCAGAAGGAAAACACCCCUUUCUUUUGGAUUUUGAGGGGAAGACAACCUCUUAACAUUUUCAAGAGCUACGCAUGCUGAUGGCGCAAAGGUACGAUGAGCUGGCCCACUACGGGGGCGGGAUGGACGGUGUCGGGGUUCCGGCGUCCAUGUACGACCCACACGCUCCUCGGCCUCUACCUCAGAUCCAUCACUUGAACCACGGACACCCUGCCCACGCCAACCAGCACUACGGGGCCCAUGCACCUCACAGCAUCAUGCCCAGCAGCAUGGGAUCCGCUGUCAACGACGCUCUGAAGAGGGACAAAGACCAAAUAUAUGGCCAUCCGUUAUUUCCACUGCUCGCGCUUGUGUUCGAGAAAUGCGAGCUGGCCACAUGCACGCCAAGGGAGCCCGGAGUGGCAGGCGGCGACGUGUGCUCCUCAGAUUCUUUCAAUGAGGAUAUCGCCGUCUUUGCCAAACAGAUACGUGCAGAAAAACCGUUAUUUUCGUCAAAUCCAGAGUUGGACAACUUGAUGAUUCAAUCGAUACAAGUGCUUCGAUUUCAUCUUCUGGAAUUAGAAAAGGUGCACGAACUUUGUGAUAACUUCUGCCAUCGAUACAUAAGUUGCUUAAAGGGGAAAAUGCCAAUUGAUCUAGUAAUUGAUGAUCGAGAUGGAUGCAAGACUGAUUUUGACGACAUCUCAGGAUCAUCCACAAAUCUAGCAGAUCACAAUCCUGCAACCUGGAGAGAUCUGGAUGAUGCGCACUCCACACCAUCCGUGGGAACUCCAGGGCCCUCCAGCGGGGGCCACGCAUCUCAGAGUGGAGACAAUAGCAGCGAACUCGGAGACGGUCUAGAGAACAGUUUGGCGUCGCCGGGCACGGGCGACGAGGAUGACCAGGACAAGAAGAGGCAGAAGAAGAGAGGGAUCUUCCCCAAGGUGGCCACAAACAUCAUGCGGGCAUGGCUCUUCCAGCACCUCACGCACCCAUACCCUUCGGAGGAGCAGAAGAAGCAGCUCGCUCAGGACACCGGGCUCACCAUCUUACAAGUGAAUAACUGGUUCAUCAAUGCCAGAAGAAGAAUAGUCCAACCAAUGAUUGACCAGUCCAACAGAGCAGUAACCCAGGGGUCAGCGUAUAGUCCUGACGGCCAGCCCAUGGGGAGCUACGUCCUGGAUGGCCAACAGCACAUGGGCAUUCGACCUGGUGGACCGAUGGGGGCCAUGGGGAUGAACAUGGGGAUGGACGGGCAGUGGCACUACAUGUAAACCCUCGCUCCACCCUUCCCAAGCUCCAUGUGAGGACCUGGUGGAGUGUCCGUGGUUCCCUCAGGGAAAGCUCCUCCCACCGUGGCAAGUGGCCCAUUGAGAAGCCCGAUCAUCUCGUCACGACCUCCGCCGAUUCGACCAAGCUCACAGUCAGUCACUUUCUUCCUGGAGCACAGCGGCAGACUUGACCCGUGUCCCCACUCCCGCUCCCACCUCCACCUCCACGGACGACCACCACCGGCCCCCAAGCCCUUCCCGUCCACUGACCUCGCUCCUCACUGUCUCGUAUCUGGGCCCAGCAAGAGGACCCCUCCCUCGCUCCCUCGCUCCCUCCCUCCAUCUCGCCUCCCCUCCGUUGGACAUCCACAGCUACUGCAGCACAGAGCCCAGCUAGUAGCCAUAAGCGUACAAAAACGUGUAAAAAGAGAAGAGAAGACUUUUCACUAUGAAAAUAUUCCCUCAGAAAAGAGGAAUGAAAGAUGAGAUGACCUCUGGCGAUUAUUUUGAAAAGGAGGAUUUCUUCUGUUUUUUUUUUUUGUUCUCUUUUAAAUUAUUUAUUUAUUUUUUUACUAUAAGACAGAGCAUGAGGACCAGAAUUUCCUUGCACUUUUUUUCUCGACCACAGACCAGCUAACACACAGCAAGCUCUCUUUCUCUGUCUCUCUCACUCUCUCUCUCUAUCUCUCUCUGCUUGACCUCACACACACACACAAUGAUACCCACAGUCACACUCACAUACACUCUCUUAAGGGAACCACUGUGGAAUACUAAAAGAAAUGCCCCAAAAUGUAUGAUAAAUGUUAAAGUGACCUGUUUCUUUUUUUGAAUGUGCAUAUAUUGUUUGUAAAAUAUAAUAGCCCUUAGAAUUUCUCCUCUAUCCAACCCUGACAAAGGACUAACGUCAGACCGAAGAGAUGGCGAUCACUGUUGUCUCAAGAGGACUUGUGUGUAACUGUAUUGCCCACACGCAGGAUUCACACUUUAUUUUGAUAUUGUUUGGUUUUGUUUCUGUCUGAAAAAAGUUAAUAGACAGCCAUUGUGACAGACAGGGUACUGAUGGACUAAGUGUAGCUAGCUUGGGCUAGUCAUGUCAAAGAGGGCAAGCUUGAGAACUCCGUGAGAAUUAAAGUAAAUGGUGAAAUGCUUGGGAGAUGUGUUAGUAUUGAUGUAAAUUUUGAUCCGUUCAGUCUAGUUUUAUUUUAUCGUUCUGUCAGUUAAAUGUUUGUUGAUGUCAACUCCUCUUCCUGUCACUGCACACGCUCUUUUUAUUCUCCCUCGGCAAAGAGUUUGUCUUUUAAAAACAUAUUUCUAUGAAUCCAUCUGUGACUUUUUCUUGUAAUAAAUACUUCGUUUUACA